CUCCAAAGCUUUGUCUGAUAACAUCUUCUGUCCCUUUAAGGGGAACAGAUGACGUCGCAGUGUUGAAAAGCACAGGCAGGCUUUUUAAUUGCAGGGAAACUUGGAGGGAACUUGCAUGUUAGAAAAGCGAUGCAGUUCCCCGUAAAGUGUGUCGCGCGCCUGAGUCACUGCGCCCCUGCUGCGCGCGAGAGGAUCCUCGUGAGGGAACUUUGGUCUCGCUGUGAAGCAGAGCAACAGUUUCAACGAGGCUCAGGACCAAUAGGAUCGCAUGCAUGUGCAAGUAUCAAAAAGUAUUUGGGGCUGCAGAGUUGCAGAUAUGCAUCCGACGCUGCCUACAGUCGAGCCUCCGCGGCAGCGAGAGACAAUCCGGAAGAGUUCUGGGGUGAGAUGGGACGAGAUCUAAACUGGUUUGAGCCAUGGGUAAAAACGCUGCACGUUGAGGAUCCUGUGUUCCCAAACUGGUUUGUUGGAGGAAAGUUAAACAUGUGCUACAAUGCUGUGGAUCGACAUGUAGAAGGCGGCCGUGGAGAGCAGCCUGCGAUCCUUUAUGACAGCCCAGUGACUGCAACCAAACAGACAAUCACUUUCAAGGAACUUCAGGAACAGGUGUCCAGGUUAGCAGGAGUCUUGGUGAAAAAUGGGGUACGGAAAGGAGAUCUUGUCGUCAUCUACAUGCCUAUGGUGCCCCAGGCCAUGUUCACCAUGUUGGCAUGUGCCCGGAUCGGUGCCCCACAUAGCCUCAUCUUUGGUGGCUUCGCCUCCAGGGAGCUUUCUGUCCGCAUUGAUCACGCCAAACCCAAGCUGUUGGUUACAGCCUCAUUCGGCAUUGAGCCAGGCAGAAGAGUUGACUACAUCCCUCUGGUGAAGAAAGCUCUGGAGAUGAGCUCGCACAAGCCCUCUAAAGUCCUCAUUUACAACAGGCCAAACAUGGAUAAUGUGUCGCUGAGUCCACAGUUGAGUCUGAACUGGGACGAAGAGAUGGCCACUGCUCAACCACAUGACUGUGUUUCUUUGCCCUCCAACCAUCCUCUGUAUGUUCUCUAUACUUCUGGGACCACUGGAACACCAAAGGGUGUUGUGCGAGACACUGCAGGCUACGCCGUUAUGCUGAAAUGGACCAUGUCAAAUAUUUAUGGACUCAGUCCUGGAGAUGUUUGGUGGGCAGCAUCAGAUCUGGGCUGGGUAGUCGGCCAUUCAUAUAUCUGCUAUGGUCCUUUGCUUCAUGGUAACAGCACAAUUCUCUACGAGGGGAAGCCUGUAGGGACUCCAGAUCCUGGAGCGUUCUUCCGUGUCCUGUCUGAACAUGGAGCCUCCUCCAUGUUUACAGCGCCCACUGCUAUCCGGGCCAUUCGCCAGCAGGACCCCCACGCUGCAAUUGGGAAGAAAUAUCCUUUGGCCAGGCUUCGAACGCUGUUUGUGGCCGGAGAGCGAUGUGAUGUGGAGACACUGGAAUGGGCAAAGAAGAGCUUCGGGGUUCCUGUUCUGGAUCACUGGUGGCAAACUGAAACUGGCUCAGCUAUUACCUCCUCUUGCAUUGGUCUGGGAAGCUCGCUGACGCCACCUGCAGGCCAGGCAGGGAAACCAGUUCCAGGUUACAACGUCACAGUGAUCGAUGAUGACAUGCAGGAGAUGAAACCCAGAACUCUGGGAAAUAUCGUGGUGAAGCUACCUUUACCACCUGGUGCAGCGUUGUCACUGUGGCAGAACCGGGAUCUGUUCAAGAAGCUCUACUUCACUAAGUUUCCAGGGUAUUAUGACACCAUGGAUGCAGGCUUUUUGGAUGAGGAUGGUUUCCUUUACAUCAUGUCCCGGUCUGAUGAUGUCAUCAAUGUGGCGGGUCACAGGCUGUCUGCUGGAGCGUUAGAGGAGUCUGUGCUGCUGCACUCUGCAGUGGGAGACUGUGCUGUGGUGGGUUUAGAGGACACUCUGAAGGGUCACGUUCCUUUGGCUCUGUGUGUACUGAAGAACGGUGUGCAGAAGGAGGAGGAGGAAAUCAGAAAUGAGAUUGUCAAACUUGUGAGAGACAGCGUUGGACCAGUGGCCGCCUUCAAGAAUGUACUUUUUGUCCGCGGAUUACCAAAGACGCGUUCUGGCAAGAUCCCUCGUUCUUCUUUGGCCAAUCUGAUCAAUGGCAAACCAUACAAGAUCACGCCAACCAUUGAGGACCCGCAAGUGUUCAAAGACAUUGAAGGACAAGUUGAAAAAGUUCUGCGACCUCGUGCAGCCUGAACUCGUCUGCAGCAGAGAACCGAGCGUGGACACCCAAGACCACAUAGCGAAGAAUUCUCUCUACAUUUUGUAGAUUAGAACAUUUGUAAUUUUACUUCGUAUUUACUCUCCCUGCGUCUGUGCUAAAUAUGUGCAGCUCUGUAACGAUGAACGCAACCGAUCAUGUACAUAAUCAUAAUAAUUAGAAAACUAAUGAAAACUCGCCAGGUUUUUCCUGUUUUAUUGACAAUGAAAAUUUGUUUGCUCACCACUUAGUUUUGACCAAAGUACAAGAAUAAAUAAAAAAAAAGGGACAAAUGA